UUAAUUUUUCAGAGUUACAAAGUGUUGAUUCUGGUGUUGAUUUCUCUGACAUUAACACUUGCAGUGUAAAUCAAUGCUAGGAGUCAGUGUAAUUACAGCGUGUUAAGUUAAACAACACUUCUGAUGAGUAGAUCCAAUUUCCGGUGCUUGCACAUUACUUCCUGUAUGUCUAAUGGCGGACGGCCACGUGAAGACGGCAGUGUUAAGAUUAGACAACCCACUCGAGACGAGAGCUGCAAAGCAAGUAUCAUCAUGUUGAUGAAAGUGCAUUGUCAAGGUGUGAAGAAAUUUGUGAAAUUGCCUAAUGAUUUCACAUUCCAAGAUUUUCUCACUGAAGUUAAAAGCAAAUUUGGGUUUGCAAGCUCUGCAGCUCUUCAAGUCUUUGAUGACACAGACACCAAUGUGGAGGAGGACAUCUUCCAAGAACUGAUUGAAGCCAAUCCACAUUUAUGUUUAACUGUUAAAUGUCUGGAAGAACUUUCUGCUGGCCUGCCAGAGGUGAAUACACCAACAAGAUCCUCGACCCCCAGCACAUGCACUGAUACUCUUUCAGUCUCUUCAGCUGACUAUGAUGAGGCAGACAUAGCAGUGAACAGGCAGUCUCCACGGGCUUGCAGCAGAGAGACAUUGGAUGCUGAAAAGGCAAAACAGACUAUCCAAGAUGCCCUGGAAAAACAAUCUGGUGGUGAGGAAGUUUUGGAGGAAUACCAGGCAACUAAAACUUUGAAGCACAGCACCAGACGCCAACUUGUCAAUAUUGUUGUCAGUCACAUGACAGAGACUUACGGGAGGAUCCCCACCCGCAAACAGCGUGAGACUUAUGCUUUAGGAAUUGUUAGUCUCUUUCCUUCUUUGAGAGACCCAUUUUCAGCAAAGGGCUAUGAACAUUUUUAUGAUCCAGAGAAGGGGACCAGGUUUAUCUCUUGGCGCCUUAAAACUUUGUCAAGGAAGAACCCAAAACGGGGGCGCUCUGAGAUUUUUGAAAUAGGAGGACCAAGUCGCCGAAGAAGAGUCAGACUUCUCGGCAUAUCAGCACUGACUCUGCGCUCCUCUCUGCUGCAGAGGAACCAGUGA